GACUCAAAAAAGGAGAUUUUUCUCUGUUAAUUAACUUGUAAAUUCUGCAAAGAAAAUGGAAUGUCUCUUUAUUAUAGCUUUACACUUUUAAAAGAUUGUGUACUCAUACAACAGAUUUUUCCUGUAGAAAAAGAGAAGCGUUGCGGCUUAGCUACCAAGGGUUAAUUUGAUCCUGAGUAAUAGUUUUUGUCUUCGUAUUGAAGAAAAAUAGGUUAAAGUGAAAGAGCGCUGCGGCAUUACGCCAUCCAAAACUCGGAUAAAAGAAAUAGUUUCAAAAAGAACUGAUUGGCCAAAGUGCUUGUCGUCAAAUCGCUGAAGAGGCCAAAGCAGCUUCAUUAAAAACUCCACGUUACGUUAACGUGUCUCCGGGAUACGCACGCGGACUUAAGUGCGUUCCUCUGUUUCUUCAAUGUGCUCCGGAUGUACAAUAUAAGCAGUCAUCUAAUAUAAAAGCAUUGAUUAUUACAUUCAGAAAUGACUUAAUGCUCAGGCUUUUGGCAUCUAGAUGUGCAGCGGGUCCUUUGACAUCGAGAUAAGUCAUCGCGAGCCAAGAGGCAAAUGGGCGUUAUCAACGGAAAGCGACGCACGCGCGAUCAGCGCUGACCACAUGUCGCUGUUUAGAUACAUUUGAUAGGGAAGCAAACAGGCGCUCAAUGAUGACUUCGUUUGCAAUUAGCAUCACUGUCGAUGAUCAAACCUUUUGCAAGUUACCUCUGCGUUAAAUACCGUCAUUAAUUAAGAGGCUGACCCGAUACCCGAAGUAUGUGGAAUAGUACCUGGAUGGAGAACUUAUGAUAGUGCUCUCGAUACCUGUGUCCCAUUGAGAUGGGUAAUACUAACACUGUCGCCGAUACAAAAAAGGACACUUUGGCCGCCCACCUGAGCACACGGCAGCGACUACUUGUCCAAGACACCUUGGAACUGAUGAAAGACGACCUCUCAGAUCUCGGGAUCAUCGUGUUCAAAAGAUUCUUUGAAACAGAACCAAGUGUGAAAAAAGUGUUUCCGAAAAUUGUCAAGAUAAACGAUUCGAACGAGCUGGAACUUGACAUGGAUAUGGAGGUGUUAAGUCGUCACGCCUCGAACGUCAUGCACAGCCUUGGAGCGGCAGUAGAAAGCCUGGAUCAUUCGGAAUUCUUCAACGGCAUUGUGGAAAACAUAGGAAGGUCUCACGGACAGCGAAAGAUCAAGCCCAAAAUGUUAGAGCUCCUUUGGCCUUCUCUUAAUUACGGUCUUAAACAGGUGUUAAGAGACACCUACACAAAGGAAGUUGCAGCAGCUUGGAAGAAGGUCUAUUUCUACCUGUGUAAACACAUGAGGCAAGGAAUACAGGAAUACCACGCACAAGACAAACAGGCCAUUAAAUAACAGCAGAGAAAAAAACUACCAAUUAGUGCUUUCUAAACUCUAAUGUGUCUGUUAUGGGUGUGGUGUAUUCACAAAGCCAAGCCAAGUCUUCAUCCAUGCCACAUUGUUGUUGUUUUUGUUUUUUUCAUUUUUCAGUGUUUGAUAUGCCAUGUUGAUUGUCUUAAACUGUAGUAAAUAAAGUUUCUUUAAAAAAAUCUUUUGUUAGUAUAUCCUGGAACAUAUACAGAGUGUAUAUGUGCCUGGCAUAUCUGAAUUUCAUACAUUUCUCUAAAUUUUAGAUUUACAAAUAUCUUCUUUUAUGUGACAUACCUUAUUAUCAUUGCCAUAUAUAAACAGAAAGCAUUCAUUAGUGAAAUAUACUUAAAGAUGAAGAACAAUUGAUACCACAACAUGAACAAAAGAUGUAUGAUUGUACAUUUAAAGAACAUCAGCAUUUAAAUUGUUGAAAUUUUGGUUCAUUGGCACCUUUAAUUCACUUUUUAAUUUUUUUUUCUCAAACUAACUAUUUUUACUUGUGGAUAUUGAUUUAUCAUAGCACAAUUAUUUGCCAUUUACUAGAAUGCUAGUUCUAUUGUUAUAACACUAAAAGUUAUGAGUUUGAAUGUUGCACAGCAUAUUGUUUGAUGUUUAUCAUCACAGUUCUCCCUACAAUGUAUGUACACCUAAUCUGAGGUAAUAUUUCUCAAGUGUUUAGCCACUGUAUCCAUGGCAGAUCAUUUGGAAUCAAACAUAGGAAUUGUGCAAUUUAUGUUUAAUUCAAAAUUGAUUUUUAUUUUUUAGUGUUUUUUUGUGUUUUUUAUUUGUUUUGUUUACCAGUAUUGUAUUUUUCUACAGCAGUUUGCUUGCAAUUUUUUGGUAAUCUCAUUGAUCAAGAAUAUAUAAAUAUUCAAUGUUUUGUAAUCAGAUUUAGUGCACAAUACAAUCCAAUUAAAAUAAGCCCUUUCAUGUACUUGCCUAUACAGUAUCUUAGUGAUUCUGUUAUCGUUAUGGUCUGACAUUAUAGCCUAUGGUGCCCUUUCUUUGAAUAUUUCCAUUAAAAUUUUACUACAUUAAAGUGUAUUCUACAUUGUGUUUGUGCUUUAAGUGUCCUUGACACUGAUGAUGUCACAAUUGAUAUCUAGGUGGUUUUUUUUCUAUAUAUCAAUUCACAUUGUUUGAUUGGAAUUCAUACCAUAAAAACUUUUAUAACAUGUUCAUCUUAAUAUACGGUGGAUAUCACUCAUGGGAUAAAUUUUUGAUAUUCCACUGUGUGUUCUUACGCAACAUGACGUCAUAAUUAAAUAUUACGUAGUUUCAGGCGGAUGAUUAACGUAGAAUGACAAAGUAACAAUUUCAGUUGAAAAGUGUACAGUUGUAAAUAUGAAGCACUUAAUGCUGUUUUAUUUUUUUCCAUGUAUUGAUAAAAAUAUGCUGGAAAAUGAAAUGUUUUUUAAUCUAUAAGGAACUUUUUUUUCCGUGCGUAAAGUUUUUGACGUCUUGUAGUAAAUGUGUUGUGCGGCUCAUAAUGAUAGUUUUUAUAGAAAAGAUUGAGGUUUAUAACAAAAUACAUGGUAAAACAUGUGAUAAAAAAAUCUCUCAUGAUUUGCGAUAUGGUAUAUGAUUUUUAUCCAACGAGUUGUGUGGGUUUUUUUUAUCCCCUCGCCAAGGCUUGGGGAUAAAAAAAACCACACAACUCAUUGGAUAAAAAUCAUAUAUUACCAUCGCAAAUCAUGAGAGAUCCUAGCUAGUAUAUAAAGCUAAUUUGAGUUCUGUUGUUCCAAUUGGGUUAUUUUGUUCAAGUAUUUAGUAUAGAAGAUUAUAAUUAUUGAAUUUUGUUAACUUUUUUUUUUUACUUUCUAACAUUUGUACCAAUACAAUCAUGUGAGAGAAAAGAGAACCAAUUGUGCAGGUUUUUUUCCUAACAAUUCUUUAGGGAUAGAUUAAGCCAUAGUUUUGAUACAUCAUUAGUUUUUCUUUAUCUAAAAAAAAAUUAACAUACUACUAUUACAUAUAUAUCAUGAAUUGUCUGCUUGUAUCAAACUCCUACUUUUCUACUUAGAGCACCUCAAACCCAGGCACCCGACAUUAAAAAUAUUUCUUUUUAUGAUAUGAUAAUUUUCUGUACUAUAGUUAUUAUCAUAUUGUACAAGAAUUGAUCUUUCUAUAAAAAGAAAUAUUUUUUAAGUCGGGUUUCUGGGCCUUAAACUCAUGGAAAACAAGUGCCAAGAAAAAGACUACUAGAGAAUACUAUUUAAAAAGUAGCAAAAUUGGAAUCAUUUAAAUUAGUAUACACACUAUUAAGCCAAGGUCCUGAUGAUAAACUUCACAUAUACUUGAAAUUAACAAUUUAACAGAGAAAAAAAAUUUAAAGAACUGUAAGACUUCUAUGUAUGUAAAUUUAACUGCAAUAUAACAAGAAAAUUAUAUUGCUACUUAUGAUUACUGGUAUACAGGCAAAAGUGGCUCACAUGAAAUCUCAUAUAAAAUUAGCAUGAACAACUUUUCGGCUGAUUUUCGCAUGAUUUUCAUGCGAUGGGAUAUCGCAUGAUAAUCAUGCGAGCCACUUUUCCCUGUGUAAUAACUAUUCUUAGAGAAAACUAUUAAGGAGUCUGGGUGGUCAACAAAUUAGCCAUUAAAUCUAUCUUAGAUUUUUAGAUAUAAUUAUUCAAGCUAUAAACUACCGGUACAUGUAUUACCAGUAUUUAGUACAGAAAAAUUUCACAUAUUUUAGCUUUAAAACAUAAUGAUUUUCCUAGAUCUAUAUACAAAGCUCUUCUUCUUAAGGAGAUUAAUAUAGUCAAAAAAUGGCCACGACCAUCCAGCCCUCUUAAGUCUAAUUUACCAAUUUGAAAAAUGUAUUGAAAAAAAAAAACAACACCUUUACAAACUAUUAAAGAACUGGCUUGAAAACUGUUGUUUACAUUACGGGGAAUGUACCAUACUCAUAUUCUAUCUGUACUUUAUAACAAUGUUGGAGAAAAAAAGUCUUGUAAAUCUUAUACAAACAUUUAUUUUAAUAAAAUCAACAUACCAAU